GGAGAAGUAGGCGUGUCUUAAACUGUCAACUAACCGAGGAACAACAAAAACAAACACAACAUCGAGGGGGUUCCGGGGACGGGCUGGGACCAUGGAGUCAUCCUCUGAUGAAGAGGAGGUGCGCACUUUCAUCCAAGUCCUCAGUGAGAAAUACAACCCAGAGAAUUUCCCCUAUGGACAGGGAGUCAUGGUAAUGCCCAGCCCCCCAGGAUCCCCUGUCAAAGAUCGCCUGUUCUUGCCCAGCAUACUGGUUCUUAGUGACUCUGGAAUCAGUAAAUCCGGGGAUAGGUCAGAUAUUGCAGCCUUCUGUGGCCAUGUGGUCGAGCUGGACCUGUCCCACAAUCAACUUAACGACUGGGCAGAGAUCUCUUCCAUUGUCUCCAGCAUCCCCCAGCUGGACUUCCUCAAUCUGAGCAUGAACCCUCUGAGUGGCGUGCCGCUGGAGCCCAGCAUGGCUGGGGUGUUCUCCAGGAUCCGACAGCUUGUCCUCAUUAACACACAGAUCAGCUGGGACACUGUCCACACACUCACACGGCACACACCAGAGUUGGAGGAGCUUUUCCUGUGCCUGAAUGGCUACAACACUGUGUCACUAUCCCAGACGUCCUGUCCAUCACUCCGCCUGCUGCAGAUCACAGACAACCAGCUGCAUGAAUGGGCAGAAGUGAGGAAGUUUGGGCAGAUGUACCCGAGUCUGAGCACACUGGUUCUGGCCAAAAACAGCGUGGACUCUGUUGAUGACACUCAGGAAACACUGCAGCGACUCUUCCCCAACCUGCGCUGCAUCAACCUCAACAACUCAGGGCUUAGUAGAUGGGAGGACAUUGAAAGGCUGAACUUCUUCCCUAAGCUGCAAGAAGUCAAAGCAAUGGGGAUUCCUCUACUAGAGCCUUACUCCACCCAUGAGAGACGUUGCCUUCUUUUAGCACAGCUGCCGUCUGUAGUGGUGUUGAAUGGGAGCGCAGUGUCUCGUGGGGAGAGAGAGGAUGCCGAGAGGCUUUUCAUCCGGUACCACCAGGACAGGCCAGAACAUAAGCUCCCUGAGAGGUACCACAUUCUUGUAUCCAAGUACGGUGAACUGGCCCCCCUGGCGGAGGUGGACCUGAGCCCCCGCAGCACCAUGGUGGACAUUCGCUGGGGCGAUAGGGUGGAGGCCGUCAGCCUUCGUCUGGAGCAGACGGUGGGCGACCUGAAGAAACUCCUUCGAACUCUGCUGCAGCUGCCCACGAAUGGCAUCAGGCUCUUCUACAUCAACCGAGAGAUGUGUUCAGUCUUGGGACCAGAGGAGUUGAAGUUUGCCAGCCGGGCCCUCCAUUCCUACAGCAUCCGAGACGGGGAUGAGAUUCUAGUGGUGCCCAGAGUGAAAAGCCGCUGCAGCUCCUCAGAAGUUUGAUCAGAGGGCUCUUUAGUUUGGGACAUCAGGAAUUAUAGAUGAACACUUACUGGAUACUAAGCUUUGACUUGAGCCUUGUUUUUUGUUUAGACAAAAAAAAAGAAAGGCAAUAUUUUACAGCCUUGAAUGUAAAGAUGUUUGCUGUCCACCAUAUUGAACAAACCUAUACAAUAGUUUAUUUGCACAUCGGAGUUCCACAUUCACCAAGAUUGUAUCUUGAGUUGCACUUUUCUGUGCUUUAGUUGCUUGACGUAAGACUGCAGUUUACGUCUCAUUUAUGAAAAAUAUGCAAAUCCGGAUGUGGUGCAAAGAAAGAAAACAGCUGCCGCAAUUACCAAGUGAAUGCACAAAUUGCACAUUGGCUUUAAAAACUAUUUUAUAAUUCGAGUGUUUGAUUAGAUUUGAGAUUUUAGGAUGAAAAACUUCAACCUGGCUUACACCAUGCAUGGGGCUUUUAAGUAUUUUUUUGAGUACUGAAAACAAAUUGAAAUUGAAAAGAAAAAAAAAAAAGUUAAGAUGGAAAUUGGAUUUCAAAAGUACCAUCUGCUAUGUGCAUACCUUUCACAGUUUCCAGAAUGCCUUGUCUGGCUUUCCUGCGCCGUAAUCAGCAGCCCUUCGUGUUUUCUCCUCAUUUUUCUGCUCAUUUUCUGCGAGUAGAAGAUAACUCCGAGGCGUGUUUCCUGUAAACUGUGAACAGUGUCCUCAGGCAGCAGGGAACAGUGAAACAUUUUAUGCCUCGGAGAAGACAGUUGGGUGAAAAUCAUGCUGAAUGAAUCUACUCUUUAAAAGCCAAGACAGUGGCAAACAAUGAACCUUAAUCAUGCAGAAAUGAUUGCAGCCAAGCUGAGUCAUAUGACUAUUUAAUUUCUGCAUAUUGCCAAUUGUUUGUGACCAGAGUACAGUCUAUAUUUGCAUUACACACAAAAAACAUUACAUUUUAUUUACAUUUUCAUGAUCACGACAGGCUCAAAGAGGCUUCAUUUCUUUUAACUUUUAUCGAAGAUUUGCCCAUGAGAAGUUCUUUUCCAGGAACAUGAGGAGUGUGUGCACAAGUAACAGAUCUGUCCCCGCUUCUUCCUGUCACUCAGAUCACUCUGUCUCCACAUGACUCUUGGUAGCAGUAAAGUGCCCUGGGAUAACCCCCACCCCCCCCCGAGCUGAACUCACAAAUGCAGUGCGUUGGGGGAUAACACAGAGCACUGACUGCCACUCAGUCAAGACGCCCUGGCAGAAAGACGAGACAAGUCUGAGGUGAGCUCGGGUCUGGGACAGAAAAGAGGGAGCGUUGGCACUCAAGUUACUGCAGGUCUUCUGGCCGUCCAGCCCGUGAAUGGAGCAACUCUCUGUCCCCAUGCAGAGACAGCUGAGAAACGUUGAGGCCCAGCCUGUAUGGUAACCACACACCCGCUGCUGUGUCACGGACACUUCCGCUGCAUUUAGGUUAGAAUGGGUUCAACCAGCAGGUUCCUGACCCUCACCCAUUUACCUCAGUCUCUCCUGAUACUUCUAGAGGCUGUUGUUUCACAGGACGUGGGGUCGUGCAGUGGCUCACAUUGGCAUAGAUUGUUUUCAUAAUCAAAGAAUAGAUGUAAAAACACAGUCCCACCUACCAGAAAUUGACCUAUCCUAAGUCCCGCCCACUUUAGUUGCUGUCGCUGAGUCAGACAUUGAUGAAAAGAAACAUUGUGACACCGCUUCCAUUCAGGCAGGUGCCGCAGUGUUUAUUAGAUAGUUUCAUGGCGCCAGGCAGUAUAGCUUUAACAAGACAACAGCAAGGACUACAUUAUGUGAUUGACAGAUACAUGAUGGGAUGCUAGACAUUAUCGAUAUCCAAAUUAAUAAUACCAAAAGUUCCUUUGGGGCCGCACGAAACGUAGCCUUACAGAGAUAAUAUGACCAAAGGAGCGUGAGCCUUUUCUUUUCUGGCUAACAGUAAGUCAUGCCAUCUUAAAAAUAUGUCAGCAACCAAACUGUCUGCCCUUUUUCAAAUCUCUUAAACAUUACCAUAGAAAUUAGGAGGAAGGAAACUUGCCUGGAAAACGCACGGUCAGGUGCUGGGUGCUAUUUUUGUGUCAGCUUUCAAGAGCACGGCGGCAGGUUGCGUCUGAUGUUACGAAGCAACCUUGCCAGCACCAUAUCACAGCUUGUUUACCUGAAAUCCUGAGUGCAGACUGAGCUGAUCUUCCUCCAGGCACUCUUUGUGUGUAGGCCUAUUGUUCAUGGGACAGAUGUAAAGCUCUGUUAGCUGUGGUUGGUUAGUCCUUGUCACAUGACAUGCAGUGUGCUCUGAUGCAUUCUAAAAGUUUCAGGGCGCAGCCAUCUUGCCCAGAAAAAUAGGUGCUCAGGAUCAUGUUCAUGCUGCAACGGUGUUUCUUUAGCAUUUGAGCGCACCUGCUGCACAUCUACAUUGAAAACAAUAAAUUUAAGGGUGGAAAAAGUUCGGCAUGUGCACAGCCCCUGGUGAUCUGACAUUAGGCUAACUCCCUUGACAGCUAUACGUUAGCCAGCUAGUUAACUAGUGUUUUGCUAACAGUAGCUCCGUUAAAAUGUGACUACACAAUGUAAGUGUCCAUCAUGACACCAGUGUAAUGUGUUUACAGGUCCCCCAGCCACAUCUUUUACUCAAUUUUGUCCAACACUUUUAACAAGCACAUAGUAUAACGUUAUCUAAGUAUAACAGGAAAGAGGAAAGUUGACUGAAGUUCUAUCGGGUACCAAGCCCGCUCAAUUGUCAUUGGAUCACAGAGCAGAGAGGGGAGGGAGUUGGGAAGGGCCAGUUGACAGCCGUUUCCACUGUAGGCAAGUAACAGCCCAAAACCCGGUACCUCUCACAACCUGAAAUUUUAAGAACCUUGUCAGGUUUAGAUAUUAUGUUUUACUUUGUGUUUGCCUCCAUCAGACCCCGAAAAAUCUCUCCAGCCACUGAUUCUAGCUCCCUCUGAAUGGUUCCACUCCACGAAUACUAAUGAGGGCCUGGAGACCUUAUAUUUUUAUUGAGAGUUCUCAAUUAUCUUUCAAGUUGCAAGUACCUGCAACUUGUGUUUAGGAUCUCCAGCGCAGUGCUGAAAUUAAUUUCCAGGAACUCGUACAGUGAGUAGUUGGAGAACAGUGGAGGAAAAAUCAGAAUCUAGGCCAAUCGUGACUGCACGUUGUGUUGUGUUUUGUCAAGUUCUUGCAGUGGAAAAGGGAUGUUAGAGUUUCCAAUUAGCUGACUCGCAUGUCUUUGGACAAUAGGAGGACAUAGGAGCAUUCACAGGAACCCCUCUCAGACAUGGGGAGAACUUGAAAACUCCACUUACAAUCAGCCUCAGUAAUCAGUGGAAGGAUAUCUUUGCUGGAAUGCUGCAUGCAUAGAAAGCUGGGGACACGGACUUGCCCUAUAGUAACUUCUCAUAUAAGGCACCACCAACCUGCUGGGUUGCUGGACAUGGGCUCCCUGUAUGUAGAUUUUGGUGAAGCUGAGUUUCAGAAGCUGACAUAAACAUCUUAAGAAACUGACACAUCUUGACAGUUUUUUGGUGGCUAAGAAAUGAUGUUUCGGGAGGUCUGUGUAGCUUCAUAUGAAGAAUCACUCUGGUUUCCUGCUGCUGUCCAAAGACAUGCAGGUCAGGCUGAUCGUAGACUCUAAAUAAAAUUUGUUGUUGAAGUUUCCCUGACCUUUCUGCAGAGUAAGUUAGGCCCAAUAUUAAUAGCAUUUGUUGAUGAAUACAUAUUGUUAAAAAUAAGGAAGGUCUUCCACAAGCAAGACUUUUUUAAAUAUUGCAAUUGAGUUCAUGUUUUAGAUCAUGUCGGGUGAAGUGAGCUGCCACGAUAAAUAGUUUCCGUUGAGCACAUUUCUACCAAUUGUAAGCGAAGCUUUGCAUUACUGAAAGUGUGUGAAAAUGUGUUGAGGUGCCAUCGUCCUGUGGCAGCCGUAAAGUGCCGUCCGGACCGCUCCUCCGACACACAACUUACUUUGUGUAGUCGAUAACUGGAGAUCUCUUCUGGGUUUUUUCUGUCUUGACACAUGCAUUUUACUAUAUUAUGAUCAUGUGGUUACAUGGGAAGUAAUGGGAUGAGCGUAAAGCAUUUUGUUUCCAAAGUAAUAUUGUGGUAAGUCGGUGGUUUGCAUGUUGUGAUACUUCUUGAUAUGGUUGAUUAAAAAUGUGUAUGAGAUGUGACAUUUCAGGGAAACUGUGUUGUUUUGUAAUUUUAAAACUUUGAAAAUAUUAUCUGUGCUUCAGUCAUCCUCACUUUUAUCCUUCAGUCAUACCAAAAACAAAGAUUAUUAACAGAUUUAAAAAAAAAAAAUUAAAGAUAGUUGCUAAUCUGUGAUACAGUUUUACAGUUUGCCCUGUGCUGUUUAGUAUAUAUAUGGUGUUUAAUUUAUAUCACGUUUGCUUUCUGUAGUUUCUCAAAUAUUUAUCUCGAUAUUCUAAUGGUAAUUCCUUGUUUCCUUUCUUGAGAUCAUGUUGCCAUUUUAACUCCACCUGUACUGUGUAAUGGUGCUCUCACUUCUCUCUAAGGAAUAAAUUAUAAUUAUUUCAGUUUA